AUGGCCGGGCAGUGUGCACGGAGGAGCAGCAAGCGAAGAGGAAGUCGGAGAUGCUGUCAUCCUUUGGACAGAUCAGGAUGUCAUAUCAUAGAAGUUAAUUCUACAGUCUUUAAGCUGAAAAGCAUCAGCAUGGAGCAGGUUCUGAAAGGAGAAGCCACCAUCACUGAUAGUGGAACGGGAAUUGAGUUAUCUACAACUAGCCAAACUAGUGUAUCCAACAUAAUCAAUAAGGUGUCGUUUGUUAAUGCUGACAAUAACUACAAAGUUGGGAUCCCCUACACUGGAGUGAUUAAAGUGGUGGAUGUUGGUGAUAACCCUAUACCAGGCAUUAAUGUUUACCUAACAAGUUAUGAAGACCCGAUCAACGACACCUUAGUGACAGACGACAAUGGGCAAGCUUCUUUCACUCUCGAUACUAAUGGUUGGAAGGGAAGUAAAAUCUUAACGGCAAGAACAAAUUUCGAGUAUAUGUGGCAAUUGUCCGACAACAUAUUCCCUGAGUAUGGUAUGGCAAGUCUGGAUCUUAAACACUUCUACUCCCGCAAUAAGAGCUUCCUGAAGCUUCACUCCUUAGACACAGUCCUGCCAUGUGAGGGGCAACACGAGGUGCAGGUGGAAUAUAUACUUAAACACACAGAGCUGACGAAUGACGCUGGCCACCUUGACCUACAUUAUCUGGUGACUUCUAAAGGCUCCAUACAACAUUAUGGAUCUUUUAAAAUCAGCACAGAAAAUAAAAAUGAAGAUCAUCAUGGCAAGGCCACACUGAAGCUCUCCUUAAGUGCAGGGACAUCUUCAACGUUUCGGGCACUUGUGUAUACCAUAUUACCAGAUGGAGAUAUUUUGGCCGACUCGGCAAACUAUAAAGUACAGCAAUGCUUGCAGAAUAAAGUAUCAAUCGGCUUCUCUCCAAAAGAGGUGGUUCCGGGCCUGGAUGUGUCUCUUCAGGUUCAGGCUGCUCCUGGUUCUCUCUGUGGUCUCAGGGUAGUGGAUCAGAGUGUGGUCUUGAUGAAACCAGAAAAGGAGCUGACUGCCGACAAAGUUUAUAAUCUGUUUCCAUUCCGGGAUGAUGGCAAAUAUGAUUAUCGCAUCGAAGAACACGAAGACCAUUGUCCAUUUCAUCCCUUGCAUCAUCCUUCUCUUCGUCCAUCAAGAGAUGACCAGUAUGUGGAUGUGUACAGCUUCUUUAAGACAAUCAAAUGUAAAAUACUAACAAGUGCAGACAUUAAGAAACCCAUGGAAUGUCACAAUAUUAUAUAUGCAGAUUAUGCAAUUAUGCCAGGGCUUCCAGGGCUUCCAAGACCUGCAGGACCCCAAAAACCAAUUGUUGCUCUUGCUGAUCCUGGAAACAUAAUGCCAGAAAGCAUACCCAGGUUGGCGACAGUAGAGGAGAAAGAAAAGGAGAAAGUUCGAAUAUAUUUUCCUGAAACCUGGCUAUGGGAACUUAUAUCAGUAGGAGACUCUGGCAAUGCUGACCUCCAUCACAAGGCACCAGACACCAUCACAGACUGGAAUGCCGGGGCCGUAUGUUUGGGUCAGAGUGGAUUUGGCCUGUCUCCUCCUGCCUCUCUUCGAGUCUUCCAGCCGUUCUUUGUGGAUCUCGCCCUCCCGUAUUCUGUAGUGAGAGGAGAAACUUUCAUCCUUAAAGCCUCAGUAUUUAACUACCUCAAACAGUGUAUCAAGAUUGAAGUCAAUCUCGGGCCCACUGAGGAGUUAGAGCGGACCCCUUGUACAGACUGUACCUACAGCAGCUGCCUGUGUGCCGAUGAGAGCAAAAACUUCUACUGGAACCUGAAAGCCACCAAACUGGGAGAAGUAAAUAUCACAGUACGGACUGAGGCUGUUAAGACUACAGAUUUAUGCCAAAAUGAGAUACCGAUUGUUCCCAAACAAGGAGCUACUGAUACCAUUGUAAAACCGUUACUUGUACAGCCCGGAGGAGUCCUGGUGGAGAAAGCACACAACUCUAUGCUCUGCAUCAAGGAGGGAGAAGGUAAUACUAAUACAGAAGAGGUCUCCCUACAGUUACCUAAGAACAUCCUGGAAGAUUCUGAAAGAGCUUACGUGACUGUAUUGGGAGAUAUAAUGGGCACAGCAUUGCAGAACCUGGACCGUCUCCUUGCCAUGCCAUAUGGGUGUGGAGAGCAGAACAUGAUCCUCUGCCCCAAUAUCUUUAUUCUACAGUAUCUAGAGAAGACUCAUCAGCUGACCGAUGAAAUCAAGAGCAAAGCCACAAAGUUCCUGGAGAGUGGAUAUCAGCGGCAGUUGACAUAUAAGCAUGAUGAUGGCUCAUACAGUGCCUUUGGAAAGAAUGACCCAGAGGGUAACACAUGGCUGACUGCAUUUGUAGUGAAAUCCUUUAGCAAAGGUCGGCCUUACAUAUUUAUAGAUGAAAGUCACUUGAAGCAAACUUUCGCCUGGCUGAGGGAGAUACGUAAAGAGAAUGGCUGCUUCCGUAAUGUUGGAAGACUAAUCCAUACUGAUAUGAAGGGAGGGGUGGAAGAUGAAGUCUCCCUUACUGCUUAUGUGACAAUGGCCCUGAUAGAGGCCGGUGUAUCUCCGGAGGAUCCUCUGGUCAGGAAUGCAGUGUCCUGUCUGCAGAAGGCCGCUGUGAAUGUGACCAAUGUGUACACCCUGGCUCUGCUGGCCUACACCUUUACAUUGUGCAGAGAGACAGAGCUCAGGAAGGCUGUAUUGGACAAACUAGAGGAAAACGCUAUACGAGAAGAUGGACAGCUCCACUGGAAACGGGAUUCUGCUCCUCCUAUUCAAGAUUCAUACUGGCACAGAGCUCCAUCUGCUGAGGUGGAGAUGGCUGCCUAUGUCCUCCUGGCUCUACUCUCUGGAAGUAAGCCAGACCUGGGCAAAGCUGCAGAGAUUGUGAACUGGCUAAGCAAACAGCAGAACCCCUAUGGAGGCUUCUCAUCUACACAGGACACAGUUGUGGCUCUUCAAGCUCUGGCCAAGUAUUCGGAGCUCACAUUCGGUGAAAAGGGUGAUGUGACUGUGACCGUUACAUCCACAACAGGAUUUCUGGAGAAGUUUCAUGUAGACAAAACUAACCGUCUCCUUCUCCAGAGGGCAACGCUAGAGGCUGUUACUGGAGAAUACACGGUGACAGCCACAGGGAACGGCUGUGUUUUUGUACAGACCGUCCUGAGAUACAAUGUCCCUCCACCGAAAAGAGACAUCAGCUUUUCAUUAAAGGUGACACCACAUUUAACCAGAGAGUGUCUGGGGGAUCCAGUGACAAAUUUUGAGAUUCUUAUCAGUGCUACCUAUACUGGAACCCGGGAAAGAACUAAUAUGGCUGUUAUAGAGGUGAAGAUGCUCUCUGGAUACAUUCCAAUCAAGAGUACAGUGAGAAAGCUGGAGAAGGACAGACUGGUACAGAGAACUGAAAUACAAGUGGAUGUGGUCACGUUAUAUCUGAAUGAGGUGGGACAUGAUCCUGUGAAUCUUUCCUUUAUGGUGGAACGGAAUGUUGAAGUCAAGGACCUUAAACCAGCCACAGUAACAGCCUAUGAUUAUUAUGAUACAGAGGAACGAGCAGUGGCAGAAUACAACCAUCCCUGCAAUAAGGAUGACUCUGGAAAUUCAAGAUGAAGACAAAGUUACCUUAAGAUCACAUAAUUAAUUAAAAGUCACUAAAUACAUA